AACCCCAAAAAAAAAAAAAAAAAAAAACGUCGCAGACGCAAACAUCAUAGACAUAACUGACACAUUUCUGGACCCAUUACUCCAGUUCUAGAGGGGAAGAAGAGGCGGUUCUGAAAUCUCAGCUUCCUUAAGAGAAUUCUUAAUUCGGAAGGCAGUUUCUCCGGCAGUGUUGUUUACGGCACGCCACCACCGGCGAGAUUUCUCAAUUCGAAUUACUCCCGCUGCAGAAAGCGAACUGCCGAGAAGUAACCCCACUACGAGCAAUUUCGAGCUUCAGAAACCCCCCGCUCGGCAACUCGGGCGCUGAGGUUGAGGAUCAUCGGGGAAUUGAGCCAGCCAAUCUACGAAGCGAUGCAGCGAUUGGUUGACUCCUCACUUGCUGUCGCCAAGGAGUCGGUGAAGACAUUCACGUACGAGUCCUUGCACAAUAUAGUGAGGCUGAUCAAUGGAGUUUCGGGGAUGCUAUUGACUGUGUUGCCUGGGAAGGCUAAUGUUCUUGAAGGCCUGCAUGGCUGGGAGCUUAGGCCAAGUUUUCGUGGACCUCGUCUGCCAUAUUGGAUGGAGAAUGGAGUAUCUUCAUUCAACAAAUUUGUUCACGAACUUUCUGUGGAUUCCGAUAGUGAUACUGCAAGUUCUGACUAUUCUUCUGCUGAAGAAGACGAUGGAAUGUAUCCUGCAUCACCAUCGUCUCAUAGUUCCCGAGUUUCCAAUGCAAUGUCUUUCAGAAGGAAUAAUGGGCGUUCAAUUGGAUGGUUUGCAUUUAUAUUCUCAUGGGUAAUUAUGCCAUUGAAGAUUUUGCUUGGAGUUCCGCCUUAUCUUUAUGGGAUAUUUUUCACCAAAGAAUCAACAACUUAUCCCCUUGAAGGAAGCCAUCAGGGUUCCCAGUCAGCUCCCAUCAAUAGAGUACAAUCUCGCAAGGAUCAUUUCAUUCACCAUGCUACUGACAGGAGACGUGGAGUCAUUGAGGAUCUUCAUCUCGGAAUAGAGAUAAGCAUAGAAGCUGUAUUCGACUUUUUCCACAAGGCCACACAAUUUCUUCUUUCACCAACAAAGAUUUUAAAAGCAACAUAUGAAUGGUUUUCGUAUGACAAGUACAACAGUGAGGAUAUUUCUGGUGAUGUUUCGAACACCAGUGUACCUGCAUCUACACUUGGAGACACUGAUCCAGUCCCUAGAGAGAGAAAAGCUACAACUCAGGGGGCUUUGAACACUGAUGCUCGUACAUGUCAGGAUGUCAUAACAGAGCUAGGGUAUCCAUAUGAAGCUAUUCGUGUGAUAACUUCUGAUGGCUAUGUUCUCCUUCUAGAGAGAAUCCCAAGGCGUGACUCACGCAAGGCUGUUUACCUUCAGCAUGGGGUGAUGGAUUCAUCCAUGGGGUGGGUAUCCAAUGGUGUUGUUGGAUCUCCGGCUUUUGCAGCAUAUGAUCAAGGGUAUGAUGUUUUCCUUGGUAAUUUGCGAGGCCUUGUUUCUAGGGAACAUAUUGACAAGAACAUUUCUUCGCGACACAGGUACUGGCGUUAUUCCAUUAAUGAACAUGGAAUGGAGGACAUACCAGCAAUGGUUGAAAAAAUUCACGAUGUCAAAACCACAGAGCUUAAGAUCAGUGGGCUUGAAACCGAGGAAGAGAACAACAGCCAGCCUUACAAACUAUGUGCAAUCUGUCACAGCUUGGGCGGAGCUGCCAUGCUUAUGUACGUGGUAACACGUCGUAUCGAAGAGAAGCCACACAGACUCUCCAGAUUAAUUCUGUUAUCUCCAGCUGGUUUCCAUCAGGAUUCUAACCUAGUCUUCACAGCCAUGGAGCAUCUUUUCCUCAUGAUGGCCCCUAUUCUAUGCCGAAUCAUCCCCGCCUUCUAUAUACCCACAAGAUUCUUCCGCAUGCUUUUGAACAAGCUGGCUCGGGACUUCAACAACUACCCUGCAGUCGGAGGUCUGGUUCAAACCCUUAUGAGCUACGUCGUAGGUGGUGAUAGCUCGAAUUGGGUCGGAGUUUUGGGCUUGCCCCACUACAACAUGAAUGACAUGCCGGGGGUUUCUUUCUUCGUGGCUCUCCACCUUGCCCAAAUGAAGCAUGCACGGAAGUUCAGAAUGUACGACUACGGAAGUCCAGCGGCCAAUAUGGAGUUUUAUGGAUCUCCUGAGCCGUUGGAUUUGGGAGAGUAUUAUGGGUUCAUCGACAUACCAGUUGACCUAGUUGCUGGGAAGAGGGAUAAUGUGAUUCGCCCCUCGAUGGUGAUAAAGCAUUAUAAGUUGAUGAAGGGUGCUGGAGUCGAUGUAUCGUAUAAUGAGUUCGAGUACGCUCAUCUGGACUUCACGUUCUCCCACAGGGAGGAACUCCUGGCGUAUGUGAUGUCUCGCAUGCUGCUCUUGGAGGGAGGUACGAAGCAGCAACUGCCUUCGAAUCAGAAGAGUUUAAAGCUGAAGAAGAAGGAGAAGGUAAAUUCUUAAAAGCAAAGUUGUGUGUGUGUUCUUAUUUACUGUUUUUUCUCGGAGGAUCCCGGAUAUGGCAUGUCGGUUUUGCGUUCCUUUUUUUCUCUGGAAAGCCAGUUGUCAAGUGGGAUUCACCAGCUAGAGUGUACUUACUGGCUUUUACAUGUCUGCUUAUAUAUAGAGUGGAAGAAUGUGUAGUGGAAGACUUGUACAGUUGUAGUAGAGGGGGUUAGGUCCUUGUUGCCAUGUUGUUGUAAUGAUGUACGCGGGAAUGUUAAUGCUUGCCUGGAUGAAGAUGACUAUUCUUCUACUUUUGGUUCUGUUUUUCAAAGAAGAUUGGCUUGCUUUGUGACCAGUGAGUUUCGAUGGUGAGGUUUGGCUGCUUGGAUACUUUGAUUUUCUUCCUGAAAUGGUG